UUCACAUGACCCGAUGUUUGAUUGACAUCGCCCAUUUCGUCUUUUUAUAACAAUUUUGGGCUUAAAACUAAGUCUUAUUUAGCUAAAUUAAAUAGUCAACCAUAACGUCCACUAGUGAUAGUCUUAAAGAUGGCUUUUUGCCGUUUAGUGUUAGCUUUUUUAGUGAUUUCUAUUGCAUCUACAUACGGUAAGAUUCAGGUACCUGUGUACUUAUGGGGCGAUACGGGCAUUUCACGUAACUCAAACCCUUUAUGCAGCAUCUCUGAAUUGGAAUUCGAUACGAUUCUGCAGCAGAAAUUGGAAAAAGUCCCGUUCACAGUAGUUUUCUUCGACGAAACAUUGUCAGUGGAAGACUUCUCGCUUAAAGACUCUGAUGGGGAAACUGUAUUUCCUUAUUUACAUGCUAAUAUCAAUGAUGCUACAUACUUACCAGCUGUAGAAGAUCCUUCGACCGUCCUUAACCGUUUGGCUGAUAGCAAAAAAGUAAAUCGCGUUAAACUCAAUGAUGGCGGAUUAUCAGCAGAGAUCAACCCUGAAGGUGUCGAAUUAUUGUUUAUAACGCUAGAAGAUGUACAAGAAGGUGAAUCCAGGAUUGAAUUACUCCGCCGCCAUAACAAUUUCAUGGAGGAGGUCAUGAGUAAACUUCGUGAGCAGGAGGAUAAAGUUGUUGCUAUCUACACAGCUCAGAAUCCAUCUUGGACUGUUUCUGAAUCACACAGGAGAAUCCGUCGUGAUGCUGAAAACGCAGACUUACAUAAUGUAACAUUAGACGGUCUUAAGCUCUACGUUAACAAAGUCGUUAUGACUGUAGAUACUACAGUGAGUAAUUUAACAACGAUAGAUAGUUCCAGUUCUCAGAUAAACGAGAAGCAGAAUAUGUCAACGACUUUAACCUCCGGUGAUAGCAGUCUCACAUUGAACUUCCUGUCGAAAGCUGGUUAUUGGUUUUUUAGCUCAGUGACAUAUAGACAGGCAGGUAAUGAAGUGAUCCUCCUACCAGAGUCUGAAGUGUUUGCACCUCUUGGCUUUGCCUAUCGCUGCGGACAGAAUGUCACAUUCAGCAACCGCAUAAACCAGACAUUGGUUGCGACAUUCCAAGAUUUGAAGGUGCAACCAUAUUUCAUGGACACCAGCAACGUAACACUAAUUUACGGUGACUCUAUCAACUGCGUCGGUUUCUUCUCUGUUCCCAUCUGGUCUGGACUGUUUGUGGUCUUCAUAUUGCUGGCCAUCACCUUCUACGGUAUUAUGAUGAUGAUGGACAUCCGCACCAUGGACAGAUUCGACGAUCCCAAGGGCAAAACGAUCACCAUCAACGCAGGGGAGUAAAACGUUUUGUGCCCAGCUCAUUACUACCGAAUAUUACCGCCGUAAUAUUAAAAUAUUACCACCGUAAUAUUAAAAUGUUACCGCCGUAACAUUAAAAUAUUACUGGCGGCAGGUAAUAUUUUGUAUUACACAUACCGGCCGUAAUGUUAAUUAUUAUAUUCCGGCUGUAAUAUGAAAUAUUGUAUUCGGCCGUAGUGUUAAAUAUUAAAUUCCGGCUGUAAUAUUAUAUAUUAACAUUUGGCCAUAAUAUUAAGUGUUUUGUAGUGGUAAAGUUAAAGGUUAUGUGUAUCGGUACAUUGAGGCUCAUGAAAUCCUAGAGUCAUUAAUGAUAAAAUUGCAAUUGUAUUACAUAGAGUUGUGCAAAAUAUUAUUUGUGUCAGUUGUGGAAUAUUUAUUUUGCGUUCUUAUCAUUUAAUAUUAUGGCUGCAAUAUUGCAAUAUUAUUUAUGGAAUAUUCAUGUGAUUACAAAUAACGAGAUAUAAUGUUGAAUGCCGGUUUUUUAAACAUAAAUGGGCUGGUGGUUUUAAAUUUUGAAAAACUUAUGCACCAAAUAAGCUAGCAUAGACUAUGUCAUAUAUAGCUCAAUAUAUUUGUAUAAAAAAAGUUAAUUAAUGUUACAAAAAAACUGCUUAAAUUAUAAUAAAUAAAUUUUACAAAAAUAAAACUGACUUCAAUAUAAAAGGUUCUACUAAAAACUUCCUUAUUAAAAUCUAAUAAAAUUGUGCUUUCACACAUAGGGAAGUAACCUCCUUUUAUUGAAAUUGGUUAAAAAAAAAACCUAAUCAUAAGUAACAAUCCAUAGAUAAUAGAACAAGCUUCUAUAGUUUUAUGUACACUGUCUAUGGUACCAUAAAAAUAGUGCAAGAGCCUGUUUGCCGAACAUUUUUGAUAAUUGAAAUGUAUUUUACUUUAUUUUUUAUUUAUUUAAACGUUUCGACGCUGUUUGAUACAACUCUGCCUUUAAUCCGUUUUUUGAUUAUUUUUCGCUCAAUUGUAUUUAUUAAAUUAUGAAUAGACAAUAAUAAUUAUGAAAAAUGAAUGAACGCUUGAAUUUAAACGCUUCAAAUCCAGAAAAGAGUGCAGGUUUUGUUUUCACUUAGUUUCGGAACACUGUCAUUGUCAAUAGCCUUUUAUGAACGGCACCGCGCAAUUUUAAUUUAACACAAUGAGACAAUAAACGUUAUAGAUGCCCAUGAUAGUCUAUGGCAAAUAACUUCAUGUGAACGUAAAGUUUUAGAUUUUUUAUAUAGAAACGAAAACCGACUAUGUGCCUGUCAGAUACGAAUGUAGAUUAAAAUAAGUGUGAUUUGUGAUUAAAUCUAGCCGGUAUAUACGCCCGGGGUGAGAGAGAUAUGAUUCCGAAUCUUUCUUACUUUAGGAUACCGUAUAAUACUGAUUGCAGAUUACAUCACGCGCCGCCAGUAACG